AUGGCUCCUCGACGGACCGCGUCCAACACUCUCAGUCCCCCCGCGACCACCACUCCUUCCCCCUCUUCCCCCGCCAGCCUCCUAAGCCAACCUCGCUCGACCUCACCCUCAGGCGGGUUCACCCAGUUCAUCACGAAGCCUACGAAAUGGUUUCGCUCAAACUCCAGUGGGGCCGGACGCACGUCCAUCAGUUCGAGCGAGCCGCGGUCGAGCACAAGCUCUGGUCGCAAGCACAAGAUAUCGCACCCGACCGACCCGCGGCCGAUUAUGGACACGCUUGUUCCUCCGAAGGGAGCAGGAUUAGGGAUGCAUUCGGCAAGCAGGUCCGUUGCAGAUCUAUCAUUAGCUCGGACCAACACAGCAAUGACAGAUUCUAGGCCUAUCAAUAAUCGAACACCAUCCUCACCGUCGCCGCCGUCAUUCGACGGGUAUUCCAUGGGCGACCUGCGCAAUCUCUCGCGCAAACCGUGGUCCAAGUCCGCUGACGAUCUGGGGAAGAUGUCCCCAUCCGCCUCAACACCCGCUCUUACACCCAUUGACACAACGCUUCAUAACAAGAUUAGGACAUAUCGCAGCGACAGCAUAGGAAGCAGUGUCGCAGCGACCCCAUCCCCGGCUCCUUCUCCAUCCACGGCAUCAUUCAACAUGAACUAUCCCUUCCCAGCCAUCGCGGCGGACGUCUCGACAUCUCCCCCCAAAGCCACAAACGCUCGUCUAGGACCACCGCUUGUCAGUGCAUCCUCCAUCACGCCUCCUCUCACACCAGCCUCCACGACGUCGUCUUACCAUGUGCAUUCCCGAUCGCACUCGUUCACCCCACGGCUUCCCUCGAAGCUAUCGUCUGCGGGACUCCUUCCUCCGAGCCCCAAACGCAAAGGGUCUACGUCGUCGGAGUCUAGGGAUGUCGAGAGCAACAAGGGCUCGUCGGGGAGCGGCCCUGCUGCUCGGUCUCCGUUCCCGUUCGGCUUCAGCGGUGGAAAACCUGCACCCCUCUACUUCGUCGACGGACACGUCAGCCAAGGGCCUUCCUCUCCUACACUCCUUGCGCCCCCAACGAUUGUUGAGCCCGAGGAUGGCGUGGGUGACGGAACCAACAACAGCGGCAAACGCUCGUCCCAGAUGGUCCAUCAGUCUGGGUUCAUCAACCGAAUGGCCGACUUCUCACCCUCGAUGCUCAGCAGCCGCGCACACCACGCGUAUGUGUCUGGCGGCUCGCAGGCUGUCCUCGCCAAGGGGUGGAAGCCAUUUAAGCUCGUGCUCAAGGGCUCCAAGCUCUACUUCUACAAGCCGCCCAGUGAUCGCGGCACCGGCAUCCGGGAGCUCUUUCCUACAGAGCUCGUCGCUGUUCUGGAAGACGAAGCCGGGUCUGAACUGAGCGUCGACGUCCAGGACUCGGAGAUGGACAUGGGUUCGCGCGGAGGGAAGAGCAAGGAGCGGGAGGAUAUGCGUCGCCGCCGAGCCUACUGGGGACGUGGGUUCUCGGCCACCAUCUUGCUUCUACUCCCCAUGCUCGUAGGCAAUGGCGCGUUUGAGACGGAGUUCCAGCGGAUCUGCUCAAAUCUCAUCAACGGCGCUUCGGAUGAAGCGCAACCUGAAGAACAAAGGCGUGUUCAGUGGCUUGCAGCAAAGUACCUCGACUACCACGGCGCCCCUGCUAGUCAAGAGGCCUGGGACGCGUGGGUUAAAGACACGAUCCCCAAAUUUUCGUCUACCGACGAGCUUGCCGUAUCGUCAUCCUCGGCAACGACGCAGCCUUCUCCUAGAAUGCAGUCGAUUAUCGAAGCCAUGCAAGAGACCUCGCAGCGACCCACUACUAUUUCCCCAGAUGGCCUUCGCACAGCACUGGAAGAGGAAGGCCUUUCACGCGACGUGCUCCUAAACCUCGACCCAUCUGUCGUCGCUCGCUCGCUGCUCGUAUGCCAGAAGACCUCCCUCACAGAAGUGCCAGACCUCGGAACCCUCACCGUCAACUACCUCAUCGCUGGCACACCUCCAGAAUCGGCAAUCUCACCCUCCCCCGGCUCCGCUCUUGCCCCUUUCCUCGGCAGCGACGAGCGGCCGCACUGGCUCACACGCCUCGUGCUCAUCCAAGUCCUCGUUCCAGAGCCGGCAGGAGCGCAGAACCCGCGCCCGCACUCACGCUCUGAGGUUAUUGCCGGCUGGGCGCGCGUGGCCGAGGCUGCCCGCCGCGGUGGGGACGAGUGUGCAUGGCGCGCAAUCAUGGCGGCCCUCUGCUCGCGCGCCAUCGCGCGCCUCGACAAAGUCUGGAAGCGCAUCGACCCCGAGACGCUCGUUGUCGUGCAGCGAUGGGCACAGAUUCUUGUCCGCGGCGAUCAACCAACGCAGACUGUGCCCCUCGCAUGCCCAUGGAUUGGCGACGCGGAGCAGAGCGUCCGCGACGCAUUAGACAAGGCACGGUGUGGCGAAGAAUGGCUAGUUAAUCCGAUGCGCGAUGCCCGCGAGAAGUUCGACGCGUUCCGAGGGAACCUCGCAUUAUGCAGGCGGCGGCGGAUUGAGCAAUUCAUGUCGCUCUCCCUUGCCGCCGAGCCUCGAAGAAAGGGCUUGUAUGAGCCAUAUUUCUGGUCCCGAGCGUCAAUGCCCCCCACGACACACCCUCUUGCCGCGCUGCUUUUUCCAGAGCCAUUGCCUGCCGUCUCGGUCAUCAACCGCGCACAGCUCCUCCGGGGCCGUAUGGACAGCAACGCUUCCGCGUCUCUCAACAUCCAGGACAUUCACGAUCUCCGGCUUCAACCGGAUGGCGAGAGGGCGAGUCGUAUGGACAAGCCAAAGUUGGUCGGGUUCGACCUCGGCGGUACGCUGAUCCCUGUGUACGGCGGAGAGCUCAUGUUGCUCGUUCAACCGGGUGGGGACACGAUGACUAGUUCGAGACCCGCGUCCCGAGCACCUUCUCGUCCUCCAAGUCGUACCACCGGUGGUGGAACGAUGGACUCACCUAUUGCCGAGAAAAUGUUCAACCGCAAUCCGUCCAUCCGCGUCACCCCUGGUUCAUCCCAUGGCCAUGGAGCAGAGCGCAAGUCAAGCCUCGCUCGUCGCAACUCCUGCCACAAGCUCCGACGGCCGUUGCGUGUUGUCGUUCAGGCUGGGACCUUAGAUCGCCUAGUUGAUGUCCUUGUUCAUGGGCUCCAGGGCGUGUCGGUGUCGGUUGCAGACGACAACGGGGAGAUACCGUUGACGGACAAGAAGACGAGGGAAGUGAAAGUGGACAUGGACGACUUCUCGCAAGUGUGGUGGAACGUCUUCAGGUGCUUCGUGUCUCCCCAGGUGCUAUUUGAGCUCAUGCGGAAACGCUACAUUGGCGCUUAUCAGCCUGGACGCGCUCUGACGGGAGAUGAGGUCUCACACAUUGUACGCCUGCGGCUGGAGGUGCUGGACACGAUGAGCGAGUGGAUCACGCAGGGUGGUGGGGCGCAGGAUUCCCUUGACGACGGGGCGCUUUAUGAGUCCUUCAUAACAUUCUUCAGUCAGCCAACGGAACAGAAGAUGCUCGAGUCGGUGUCGGAGCCAGAGUCCGACGCCAGCCAAGCGCUCCGGACCCUCGAAAUCAAUGCGGCCGGUCCUGAAAAACACGCCUACACAGAAAGCGCGAAUGACGGCAUGGCGGCCGGGAACUACAGUUCCGAGCUCCCCGACAUCGAUCAGCUCGAACCCGAGGAGCUUGUCAACAACCUCAACCUGAUGGCCUCUGCGACCUUCCGCAACGUAACACAAGAGGAUUUCUUCGCGACUGCGGACCUGCUAGAACUCCAGUCGGCGGAUCGUACGGGCUGUUCAAUCGCGGACGAAGUCGAGAUCCAGUCGAUGAACUCGUACAUCCUCGAGAUUGAGCCUUCCCCGCUCAUCUCGGAGCUCGCCCAGGAGAAUCUCUAUCGACUUCUGCCACCCACCGUGCGCAGCUGUAUCCGCGCCUUCGGCAUCAUCCGCAAGUGGCUCAUCUCGAAGAUUGCUGCAUCCCGACUUGGCUUCCAAGGACGAGCGCAAAGGAUGGAGCGCGUACUACGAGCCAUCGAGCGCCCCUGCGUUCGGUCUUUCGUCGAGUCAGCUUUGACGUCGGCCGUGCUCAGCGUGGAAAGUCGGACGUAUCAGCGUGCGUGGCUUGGUGUAGCUGUCGGCCGUGGCACGGGAUGUGACUCUCUGGCUUCGUACCUGGCGCGCCCUGUCGUCACACAUCUGUCGUCGAGAGGCACCCUCACCGUGGACAUUGGUUGGCUCAUGGAGAAGGUCCUCGAGAUCAUCAGCCUACCGGACGUGCUCGAGUCGCCAUCAGAAGAGAGGGCCGUUCUGGUCAACUUUGAGAAGCGGAGGUCAUUGCAGACGCUGCUCGCCAACGCUUCGGGCGUGACAUCGAGCAAGAGACAUCGCCGACGUGAGGCCGACCGCCGAGAGUUCGAGCGCUUGAACAACAUGGAGCGCGAGCUUUCAUCGCAUGCAGUUCGGCACCCGACGAAGAAGGGCGUCCACCGACCGUUCCAGUUGAUAGUCGCCGUACAGCAAGAGAAGAACCGGCGGGACAAGGUCUCCAGAGACCGCCUCAGCAAGGAGAAGCGCGCUGAGCAACAACGCAUGAACCAGCGCCGGCCGAACCCUGUCAUGCCGAAAGCGCACCGGAACAAGAAGAGCAUGAGCUCGGCGUUCUUCCAGCUCAUGCGCCCAAUCUCCUCUGCAUUCACCUCGGACACGCUCUCUGCCCCGCGGACACCCGCGGAGCUUGACUUCGUGCCGUCGAGCAAGCCGUCUCUCGUUCUCUCCGUCGCCGGCGUGCGCGUCGCGCAGUUCAUCAACAACGAGCGUUCUUUCGUCUUCCAGAUCGACUCGGAGGAUGGCGGUCACUACCUCCUCCAGGCCGCAAGCCAGCAGGACAUGAAGAAAUGGAUCGACACCAUCGAGCGUGUAUCGAAGACGACCGCCAACCGGAGGCUGACCUACCUCGGUCCGGCCAGACCUCAGAUGGACGACCUCAUCUCGAGGCCUGCAGGGGCGACACGCGAUCCCGUAGCGGUGUUUGGCGUCGAUCUUGACUUCUUACUCAAACGCGAGGCACCUGACGGGGAAGUUCAACCUGGCGCCGUUCCGAUAUUCCUUGGGCGUCUGAUUGCUGAAGUUGAACGGCGCGGUCUGACGGAGGUCGGCAUCUACCGCAUUGCUGGCGCCCAUUCGGAAGUCAACAGUCUUCGCGAUGCUCUGAACCGCGGCGAAUGGCCGAUUUCGGAGAUUACGGACAUUCACGCUGUCUGUGACCUGAUCAAGUCAUGGUUCCGAGUACUGCCGGGUGGCCUGUUCCCAGCGGACACCUAUGGACAGAUCCUAGCUGCUGCGGGCGGUGACACCGUAGACUUGGAAGCCAGGGUCACAAGUGUGAGAGACAUGUUCCAUUCCAUCUUUGAGGAGGAAGGAGAACACGAGAUGGAGCACGACGGCGAGUACGACGAAGACCUAGACGCGGAGUUCGAAGAGCCCAUACCCGAAGAGGACGAAGAGGACGAAGACCUGUUCGCGAACGAUAGACUCCCACACAAACUCCCACCUGAGCCGCCCCAGCUCAGCGUCAACUUAGGCAGCCCUGCCGAGCUCUCCUUCAGCAUACCAUAG